AUGUCGAAACAUCGUCUCUCCCCUGCACCUUUACCACCUUCGAAGAAGAUCCACUUAUCUUCAGAAAUAUCUGAAUCAAGUUCAACUUCACCGACAUCAUUCGAAUCUUUAUCUGAUGAACUCGUUUUGUGUGUUUUUGCUCGGCUUUCAUUCGCGGACCUCUGCGCAUGUCAAGCUACUAGCGGGAACUGGUACAGGCUUGCCACAGAUAAUGAGCUUUGGAGAAAUUUAUAUCUCAGAAACUUUGGACGUCCGAGAUUACGAGGCGCUAGGGGUUUCGUCGGACGUACGGAUGGCCGGGAAGUCAAGUCGUUGCCCGGAAGAGCCAAAGUCGAGGACCAUAAAGAUUGGAAAUGGAUGUUCCGUAUAAGUUCAAAUUGGAAAAAUGGUCGCUGUGCGAUGGACGAUGUGAGGCCUUUCGUACAAGGCUUGGGAAUGGAAUCUCUUAAGCAGAGCCAUAUGUUGCUUGCUGGAUCUCUAACCAUAACAGCCACAUCGCGAUCGAGCUCAUGUCCCUUGAUAUAUGUCCAGCAUGUUGCUGGCGAGGAGCAUACUUUGGCUUGUCCAACAACACAUAUUGCUCAUGUCACUGCUCUUGCUCUGGAUCAGUCUGCUCCAUUGUCAGGACACAUUCGUCUCAUUUCGUUUUUAUCAUCCGGGGACUUCAGAGUGUUCUCUGUAGAUCAUAACCGUCCUGCAUCCUCUAGUACCGAGCUUUCCUACACGCCCUUACGAAGGUCUAGCCGUGUAUGCCCCAUUAUUCAAGCUGUGUAUUACCAUCCGUUACUCAUAACACUUUCCGAGGCGUUCACACUUUCAAUAUAUGACUUGUCAUCUGGGGGUGCUGUUUUGACGCAGACAUUGAGUAGUUUCACGUCGUUUCCACCUACAUCACUGGUAUUAUCUACCACCUCAGCUGCCACCUAUAAAUUGGUCUUGGCGUAUGCCAUUCCAGUUUAUCCAGCCCAUUGGUCAGUUGGAGCCACAGAACUGAUCAUUGCAGGUCCUUCAACGAACUCUGAGCUGCCACACAGUUCGUCUUUCCUCGUCCCGACACACACACCUAUGACUGUAACAUCCACGCGCACUGCUAGAGCGUUGGAUGUUCCACAAGGAUGGGUCGAUGAAAAGAAGCUUCGUGUCAUGCGCGAACAGUGGAGUAGAAAGGUUUAUCGCGUAGCUGACACACAAACGGAUGGAAAAUUCGUUGUACUCGCACCCGAGGACACACAUUCAGAGUCUCAUGGGUCGAUGCCCUCGUCACCCUCUUCGACUUCAUCUCUGAGUUCGUCAUCACCGCCCUACGCUUCCUCAUUGUACUCUCCCACCAGCCUUCAACUCUACCGCCUGUCUCUACCCUCUUCCACUUCUGUAUCAUCUUCUGGCCCAAAACUCUCGUUUGUUCGCACUCUGCACGGACAAAUGGGUCCUAUCGCUGCAUUAGCUCUUUCAGAUGGGCGCUGCGUGAGUUUUGGUGUGAAUGGAAGUAUUUGGGUGUGGGACUUGGAGAGCACAACAGGUACGGAAGUGGCUGCUCCAAUGAUAGAGAAGUCGUCCGAUGGUGCACUUGCUCUGACUAGUGCGAAAAGGAGCGUAACAUUCGAUGAGAGGAGGAUUGUCACUGCUGUGAACGACCAUGUCGUCGAAAGGAGAUUUGAUAUAUAG